CAAAGCCGCUCUCAGGGGAUCUGCACCAUGAAGAAUUCGAUUUUCAUCCGUGUUCUGUUACUUUUGUGCCUUCACAUGGCUGAUUCUGUCCCUUCACAAGACUUCUGUGAUGCAAACCAAUGCCGACAGUUGGAGUUUACGCCUGAAAAAGAGUUUGACGGCAAACGCCUCUCAAACCACGUGAUUCGUAUCGUUGAGGUCAUGAAAAUGAAGUUUUGUAAGAACGUGUGUUAUAUGGAACCCGACUGUGUCAGCAUUAAUCUUGAUAAACGAGUGGGUCAACAAGGAGAUUACAAAUGUGAAUUGAAUAAUGUUACUCAUGAAGGACACGAACUCGAACUGGAGAAGGAAGAACACUUUUUUUAUCAUGCAGCUGAGAGUGCUUGUGUUAAAAACCCUUGCAAAAAUAAUGGUACUUGUCAAAGCGGUUUUACCGACAAAGGAUAUCGCUGCUUGUGUACUGCCGGAUUCAGAGGUCAAAACUGUAAAAAAGAUGUCAAUGAGUGUAGUGAGGGAUUACACAACUGUAGUGUUGAUGCUGUGUGUAGCAAUAUCAAGGGAUCGUACAAGUGUACAUGUAAAACUGGAUAUUUUGGAGAUGGAAAAGUUUGCAAUGCUUCAUCAUGUAAGGAAGUCUACAAGAAGAGUGGAUUAAACACGAGUGGUGUGAUAACUCUACACUUCGGAUCAGGACCAAAAUCCGUCUUUUGUCACAAGGAAGAUUUUGGAUGCGGAAAUGGGGGCUGGACGCCGGUAAUGAAGAUUGAUGGUAAUAAGAAAACUUUCCACUAUUACUCUUUGUUUUGGAGCAACAUGACCGAAUACAAUCCGCGGGGAGGCAUGACUGGGUUUGACUCACAGGAGACAAAGCUACCAACUUACUGGAACACAUCCUUCUCAAAGAUCUGUCUCGGUAUGAAGAUCGGCGAAAAGAUCAAAUUUAUUGUAAUCAACAAGCAGGCUGACUCCCUGUACUCACUGAUCGCUGACGGUCAAUACCACUCAACCUCAUUGGGUCGUGACAUGUGGAAGAGACUGAUUGGUCCAGAAGCCUCCUUGCAAACAGAAUGUGGUAAGGAAGGGUUUAAUGUGUACGGCUCUGCCCGCCAUUCCAAAGCAAGAAUCGGCAUUGUUGGUAACGAGCAAGAAGACUGCUUGAGCUGUGAUUCCAGGAUCGGUUUUGGGACAGGAGGUACCCCUGACAAUUCUAUUACGUGUGGAAACGUAGCUAGACACAAUCCAGGUAAAAAAGACAAACACAUCAGAGCAAUGGGAUAUAUCUUGGUACACUAACAAUGAACAGGGUCGAUCAUCCAGCUGGAUAACCUUUAACAUCUUCACGCUAACUGACACAGCAAGUUAUGAGUUAAUGUUUAUGUUUAUGUUUCGGUAGGAUACGAAAUUAAGUGAUUUGAUGUUGUAUUGAACGACACGCAGUUACACAAAUCGUAAUGUAAGAAGCAAUAUAAGUAAUGUAAUGUAAUGUAAGUAUUUCAUACUUUUUGUAAAGAAAAUAUUAAGUUGUAAGUUAUAAAAGUAUUUGGCACGUUCUGAUCAUCAUAAAAGGAGCCGUUAUCAAUUUUCAGUAUAGGUUUAGCAGUGCGUUUAUUCUGGGUGUUAAAAAAACUAAUAAAUAGUUAGAAAAACUAACAAAAAUCAAUCAAGUCAGCUUUCUGAUCUAAGCAGGGACACAAGAGAUUUUACUGAUGAUCCAACACAUGCGGAAAAAGAACCAGGAAACUAGAUAAAACUUACAGUUAAUGUUAGAGGGUGUCAAUGGGGUGAUGGCAUUUACGGCUUACGGUUUAAAUUUUGGCCAAUUUACGGCUAACAAUUAAUAUCUUUCAAUUUUUUUCACUAGAGAAAAUUUUACGAUUAACUUUUUCUACGACUAGCAAUUAAAAUACGUUAAUUUUUUGCCCAAUAAUACAAUUCUUUAGCCAUUUUACGGUAAACGGUUAACCCCAUUGAGACCGUCGCAUAGGGCCCAUGGGAUAAAUUUUGGUGUAAUAAAAAUCAAAACAGCAAGAUUCCAAGAAACAUUGGCCUUCAAGAGCGACUGCAAAGAGAACUAACAAGUAUCCUCAUUUAGCCUCAUGGUACCACAAGCGACUCAAGCGUCCUAUAUGCAAUCUCGGGGUUUCAUAGUUUUAACAGAAAUCGAAUACCUCAUAUGCCGAAAGUGUGUAUUAUCAUAUAAAUUACGGUGUCAUACAAGGAUUCCCAGCCCUGAGAAAAGCCGUAACAACACACGUGAAAAAAUACGAUAUUUUUCACGUGUGUUUGAUAUCGUCAAUCAGCUGCUGACACGUCACUCCCCUUUGGCGCCACUCGGUCAGGUUGAUGAAUGAACGGUAAAGCAGCCUUCACGAUUCAUAAUACAAGGUAGUUCGUCGGAAUUUUUUCCAAUUACGGUAGCUAAAACACUGAAA